CCAAGCCUCGCGGAGCAGCCGAGCCGCGACCUGCGCGUGGACCCCGCGCCCGGCGGGCUGCUCUCGGGGGACUAGCGCAGCCCGCGCUCGCUGAGGCUUUGUCGCUCGCCGAGGCUUUGUCACUCGCCUCCAGCUCCAUCCGCGGGCUGUGGCUGCGCGAGCCUCGAGCCCUCCCCGUCCGGCGGUCCAUCCCCCCCGCCGCCACCCCGCCCCAUCCCAGCCGGGACAGCGGGAGCGCGAGCGGACCGCCGCGGAGCAUCCUUCGCCCAGGCCGGCCGCGCCACCGCCCAUGCCGCAGCCACUCCGAGGCUGCGACCGCGCGGCCGGAGCCCGCCGCUCGGUGACCUCAGCCUGGCCUCUGCGCGCCGCCCGAGUCGGCCCCGCUGAACCCCGGGCCCGGAAACGGGACCCGCGCCGCGCGAUGGCUCGGCUGGCGCUGAGCGGCGCCGAGUGCCCGCUGUCCGCCCGCUGAGGCGCGCCCGGCUGGGGACCGGCGAGGCCUUGGCACUCCCCGCCGCGCCCUUCCCCCUCUGGGAGCUGCGCUGCUGUUCCCGGGGUUAAGGGGACGGGGGCCCGAGACAAAGCCCACUUUGUGCGGGGAGUUGGCCGCGGGCGUGGAAUGAGCGCGUCGGCGCGCGCCCCCUCCCCGUGCCCCGCCAGCUGCGAGUCUUGGCUCCCCCGCUCGUCGCAUCGAAGAAAGCGCGCCUCCUCGCCACCCUCCGGUUCGGGGGUCCCGGCUCCGCGCUGAUGCGGCCAGGAGUCGCCUCGGUACUCCCCGGAGCGCACGCUGCCUUGAGCGUGCGAUAUUUUGCAGAGAAAUCUGUUCUCUCCAAAACUGGGACUUGGGGAGCCCGGUCGGCCUGAGCACCGGUGCCUUGACCCUCUGUGGCCGCAGGUCGGAGCUGUUUGGCCUCAGUUUCCCUCCGACUUUUCUUUCUGCAAGCCCAGACUGCCGCCGUCAUUGUUCUCGCUGUCAAAUGGGGGAGCUUUGAGAAGGCUGCCAACUUGGGGUGUGUUCUCUUUAUUCCGUUUCACAAAAAGAACAGAGCCUCUAAGGCUGACCCCAGACAACCACCUCUCUAUCCCCUACUUCACGUUGAGGCACUGAUUUUUUUUUUUUUCCUUAUCGAGUAGUAUUUUAUUGUACAGGAGCCACGCCCUGGUUUCUUAAAGGCGCCUUACGCUCUGUUUGGCCAUGUGUUAUCUCUGCAGCUGGUGUGUGGGAGGCCCCCUGUAAGCCACCUAUUUUUUUCCUGCCUCCUGAUACAUACUCCCACCCCCAUCAAGGAUUUGGGGAUGCCCGGAGGGAAGAAAGUGGCGGGGGGUGGCAGCAGCGGCGCUGCCCCCACUGCCUCUGUCACCCCCUCUGGGGUCAGACGUCCGGAGACCAGCGAAGGGGCCUCAGCCCAGAGAGAUGAUGAGCCAGAAGAGGAAGGCGAAGAGGACCUGCGAGAUGGAGGCAUCCCCUUCUUUGUCAACCGGGGUGGGCUGCCUGUGGACGAGGCCACCUGGGAAAGGAUGUGGAAGCACGUGGCCAAGAUCCACCCCGAUGGAGAGAAGGUGGCCCAACGGAUCCGUGGGGCCACAGACCUGCCCAAGAUUCCCAUACCGAGUGUGCCUACGUUCCCGCCCUCUACGCCUGUCCCUGAGCGCCUGGAAGCCGUGCAGCGCUACAUCAGGGAGCUGCACAGGUACAAUCACACGGGGACACAGUUCUUUGAAAUUAAGAAGAGCAGACCUCUGACAGGGCUGAUGGACCUGGCCAAGGAAAUGACCAAAGAGGCUCUGCCAAUCAAAUGCCUGGAAGCCGUGAUCCUGGGAAUUUACCUCACCAACAGCAUGCCCACCCUGGAGCGCUUCCCCAUCAGCUUCAAGACCUACUUCUCAGGGAACUACUUCCGCCACAUCGUGCUGGGGGUGAACUUCGGUGGCCGCUACGGGGCGCUGGGCAUGAGCCGGCGCGAGGACCUGAUGUACAAGCCGCCGGCCUUCCGCACGCUCAGCGACCUCGUGCUGGACUACGAGGCUGCCUAUGGCCGCUGCUGGCACGUGCUCAAGAAGGUGAAGCUGGGCCAGUGUGUGUCCCACGACCCGCACAGCGUGGAGCAGAUCGAGUGGAAGCACUCGGUGCUGGAUGUGGAGAGGCUGGGCCGCGAGGACUUCCGCAAGGAGCUGGAGCGCCACGCCCGCGACAUGCGGCUCAAGAUUGGCAAAGGGACCGGCCCUCCCUCUCCCACCAAGGACCGGAAGAAGGACGUUUCCUCCCCGCAGAGGGGCCAGUCCAGCCCCCACCGCAGGAACAGCCGCAGCGAAAGGCGGCCAUCGGGUGAGAAGAAGCCUUCUGAGCCCAAAGCCAUGCCAGACCUCAAUGGGUACCAGAUUCGGGUGUGAGGCAUGGGGAAGUAUGCCAGCCUUGCCACUUCCGGGGGCCAGCAUCCAUCUGCCAGAGCCAGCCUCGUUCGUGGGGAGGGAGGGGCUGGUGAUGGGGGUGCAGGGCAAGAGGCAGCAGGAAGAGACUGUCUCAGCUCAGCCACCCAAGCUGCUGCCCCUCUCACUGGGCCAAGACCCCUAACUUUGGGCCAAGAAGCAGUUAGUAUUUUAUUUGGAGUUUUUAACCCAAUAACUGAAGUUUAAAGUGUUUGGGGAAAGCUUAAAAAACUAAUGGAUCUGCCCAUCGCCAGGAGGCCAGUGCUUAGGAGAUCUAAGUCCCACAAGGCUGGGCAAGGAGGGGUUGCUGGCUCUGCCGGUGUCUAUCUGGGACUUGAAUCCAUCCAGUCUGUGGGAAAUCUCCCAGCCCCACUUAGCCUGCGGCAGGAGGGAUGGAGGGGUUCCUCCAGUUCUGCCUGCUAUGGCAGAAUCUUGACCCAGGGAACGGGAAGCAGGGUAGAAAUCAUCCUGGGAAAGGGCUGUAUAGCCAGUAUCAGGACCUUGGCACAAGGCCACAUCUGCCCCAAGAGCAGAGCCCAGGGCCCGGGAGAGCCCUCAUGCCCUUGUGGCCCAUGGACAGUGUUGUACGGGCUGUAGGAGAGCCCAGGAGACACCUCUGUGGGGAGAGCUCCCAGGCCCCUACCUGGUCCAAACUUGCUUAGUCCAGUUCUGCCUGUUGCUGGAGCUAGGGGGCUCCCUGCAGAGGGGCUGGGCUUUGCCAAAGGCCCAGAACUGCACUGAGCUCAGUGUGACUGUAGGGACUGAGCCAACCUGGUGGGUCCAGGAACUGUGGCUGGGGAUAGAGUAGGACAGUCAGGCCUGGGGCUAUCCCCUGGCAGUCCCCAAGGGUUGGGAAGAGGCACUGUUACUCCCCUCUUUCUGUUACCUCAGUCCUUGCUGUGAAAAGAAGACCCGAUCAGGAUGCCUGUGCCUCAGGCCUAUCUCCCCCACAUGCAGCGGCCCAUCUAGGUUUGGGGGUACCAUUGAUGAUCACGGCUUGUCAGGGAAGAAUCUGAA